AUAAAACAUAACUGUAAAAUUUAUAGUUUAUUCUUAAUUAUCCAUAAAUAUGGACUUAUAAUCUAAUUCCAUAUAUUACUUCUUGAUACUUCUUUCAAGUAGGUUACAAAGUAAUGCACACGUCAUAAAUUUUACGUGUUCAGGUUAACUUGCUAAAAUGUUUAUGGAAGAAAUAUAUGCACCUACAAAGUCCGCCAAAUGGGCGUACUUUUUCUGGCUCUUCGGUGGAAUUUUUGGCGCUCAUCAUUUUUAUUUGGGAAGAGAUAGACAUGCCUUUGUUUGGUGGAGCACCCUUGGAGGCUUUGGUAUUGGAUGGUUGAGUGAAAUAUUUCAAGUAUCACGAUAUGUGAAAGAUGCGAAUGAAGACCCUGACCUCAUGAAAGUAUUGAUUAAUAAAAUGCUGCUUAAUAGAAAGCCACCAUUCUCGAUGAAUCGCUUCACCGGUAUGCUGAUGGUGGGUUACUCCUGGGGGCAGAUGAUGAUGCUUGCCGUUCCACCUGAUGCGGUCUUGGGUGUUAAUCUGAGAUUUCUCAACUUCCUGAUACCCUUGGUUACCGCUCUGGGCGUGUGGACAGUCGGCAACAUAGGCCAUGAAAAAGGCACCCUUGCAUGGCCUCUAUUUGCUGCCUACAUAACUUACCCCGUGCGUUACUACAUACACGACGAGACGGUCUGGUUAACGAUAAUGGUGGUAGCAGCAUCUUGGGCCUUCGACUCCUGGUCCAAGAAAUGGCGGAGGAUUCCAAGCAGGCAUCGUAUGUUGAAACGGACGUUAGUUUUUGGCGCGUGUGCGUGCCUCUACUUAUCAAUGUGGUGCAGUUACAUUUACUUCCGCGGCACGAUCACCGACAGUGAUGGUGAAGAAAUACCCAUUUACGAAGCUCUGCAUCAUUUCACUACAAGUCCUUGGUGGCUCGAUGUGCAGCAAUGUUUGCACGAUACAUAUCAGUACGCACAACAUCACGGCUGGUACGAGGUUUGGAAGCAGAUCAUUGAACUCUCUGAUCCGCAUGGAGAACAGAAUGCUUACAAGGUGCUAGGCGUCGGACCGGAUUCCACCCAACAGGAGAUCACGUCGACUUGGAGACGCCUAUCGCGAGAAAACCAUCCCGACAAGAUAAAGGACGAGAGCCAACGCAGGGCGGCCCAGGAACGUUUCAUGGAAAUACAACAAGCUUACGAGAUCCUCUCCAAUAGCAAACAUAGGAGAAGUAGGCGCAAUAAAAAGGAUAACACUGAGCGUACCAAGGGGGAUGAACUUUAAACCCCUUCAUAACGACAUUGCUAACGAACCUAUUGUUAUACUGAAUAGGUUUAUUGGAGGCUUUACGUAUAAAUAUGAAUAUUAUAAUUAAAAUGUUUAUAUAACAAGAGAACUAUUUGCACCAAUGAUAUUACUGCAUUCUGGAAUGAUUUUUAGUUUAGACGUCACCAAAGGAGAUCGUUACUAUCACAAUCACCUGUAAAAGUACCAUUCCCGGACAAAGCUCUUUCCUCACGAUGAAACAGCCAGUGUGUAUCAUUACUACCAUCCCCAAGUAUGAGAUUUUACUUCGAAAUUACCUUAUCAUGCACUGGUAUAUAGUGGCAACCCUAAUCGCUCCUUAUGACGUUUUAGGAAUGAAAAAAAAAGGUAACACAUGUAUUUGUUAAAAAAAAAUUGAUACAUGGUAUCUAUUUAAUAUAUGUACUUGAAGAUAAGUCAUUUUACCUUCCAAAUGAGAGAUCAUUUAUUUACUCGUUAAGUAUUUGUUGUUAUAGUUUUAAAUUUACAUAUAUAUUAUAAUAUUUAUUUAAUAUUUUUAUAUAGUUAUUAAUUUAUUUGAAUUUUGAGAGGCAAUACGCCAUAUUGCUGAUAUAGGGUAUAAAUUUAAAUAUAGUGCCAAUAAAAAUACAAUUCUGUUACUUUGAUUGAUACAUUGAUUUUAACGACUUCCGGUUACGUUAGUAUGAAGGAAAUAUCAUUCCAGCCUCGUCAAAUUGUUCUCUUUAUUAUUUAUUAUUAAGUUUAAAUAUAAUCUAUAAUUUUAUAUUUUAAAAAUAUAUUAUUCAAUUAGUUAUAUAAUUUUUGUUUAUGCCACCUAUGAUGUGUUUAACCGUAGAGCCAAAGAUGCCAACAUUAAUAUAAUAUGAUUUUAUAAUGGGAAAUUAUUUUAACAAAGUAAUGGAAGCGAUAACCCGGCAUUAUUUAUUUAUUUUUUU